GAUUGGGAACCGAUUAAGUGUCAUCCCUAGAAAGAGUGUUCAUCGAGUAUAUGCUCUUUAGUCGCGGUGAAAAACGGAUCGAACUUUUGGUAGGACGUGUCUACGGUAAAAGUUUAUCCGCACAUAAUUUAUCACUAAAAAGCAGCAGCCAAAAAGCUGAAAAAUAUGCGCUUAAAAUCAAUUAAAAAAAAUAAAAGAAAUUAAAGUGAAGCAAAUAAAAUAUAAACUCAGUUAUACAUAAUUCCAAAAGUAGUUGUAGGCUAAGUUUGUGUGCUUGUGUGAGUCUUUGUUUUACCGUUACAAUUUACGAAAACCUAAAUAAAGUGGAAUUAGUGAAAAAUAAAUGCCAAAAUUAAAAGGCAAACAUAGCAAAACCAAUUAUUGUUGAUUAAUUACAAAAUAAACAAGUUUUUUCGCCUUGCUCUUUUGGUGACCAAGAAAAAAAGUUUAGAAGCAGAAACAAAUAGCAAAAGCCGUCGGCUUAUUUCACCUGGGAAUUUUCUUAUCAGCAAACAACGAUUAUGGCAAAGGAUCCGGCCACAACUCGAAUUCCCCGCCUGGAUGGCGUCUCUCGACUACCGAAGCCGAGUAGUUUUGGCCUGGCCAGCAGUAGUUGCAGCACCACCAACAAAACCACCACCAACAGCAGCAGCAGCACCACCACCACCCAGCACAUUCGACCACCGACGAGUGCUCCCAAGGCUACGCAAAUUUUUCGAGCGCCCAGCGAUCCUGCAAAGCCGCGUCCUGUCAGCUCGUAUGCCCCAUCUUCAGCGGCUCUAAGGGAUUUGGGCAGCAGUCUGAAGAAGAGCGCCAGUGGGGAGCGAAUUAAUAAUGCAGUCAGUCUACUCAGCAAAAGGACCACCACCGUCUUGAAGAAGUACUUCAGUCCCAAGUCAUCGCCAUCGGCUGUGAUGUCCAAUCCAAGCGAAAUGACGAGCUCACUGCCAGUGACUCCUCUUCCCGUGGGGAAACGUGGAAUGAUAUCGAACGAUCAAUUGACCAGCAGCACGCCAAUGCCACUUUUGCGAUCCGAAACAUUUGUAUGCGAAGAUGAGGAGCAGGUGGAUCGCAUCAAUUUGGAGAGCACUCGGCUGUCCACUUUUGGGCGAACCAUGGAUCUCGAUUCACCGACAUCAAAUGAAACCAAAGUACUGGUCAAAGAUGCCACGAGAAUUAUGAAGGGUGCACCUUCGACAGACACCACUCAGAUAAUGAGACCCUCUCAAAACACAUCCAAAACGAUGUUGAGAACGUUUUGUUCGAUGGACACCACUCACGAGAUGACAGCCAGUUUGAGAAACAAUGCAACACACUCGGCAAACUCAUCGGGAAUAAUGGGUAGAACGAUGCCAGUGAUUCCGGCCAAGGAUGUGACCAGAACUAUUUCUGGAAAUUCAACGGGAAUUGGAAAUCUUACAAAAGUCGUGAAGGGAGUUGGUAAUAUCACUAAAACUUUAGAGGGAGCCGGAAAUCUCACUUGUUCGGUUGAUAGACCAGUUAGUAUUAGUCAAACUUUUGAGGUAGCUACCAAUUGCACUCAAACUUUUGAAAGAGGAGUAAAUCUCACCAAAACUAUAGGCGAUAGGACAGGAAAUGUCUCCAAAAAUGUGACAAAAAUCAUAAAUGCUGGACAAAAUGUUCCCAAAACCAUGGAAGUUAAGACCAUCGAUAGUAUGAUUUUGUCAGCUCGGGGAGCAAAUCUAACCAAAUCCAUUAACGAACCAGGUGACUUCACCAAAGUUAUCCAUCAAGGAGCGAAUUUAACCUUGAGUAUGGAUCAGUUGCCCCUGCUGGAACAUAUAUCCAUGCCAUCUGGCUUGGAUAUUCUGAGCUCCAAGGGAUCCAGUAACUUGGAGAAACUGGAUCAAGAAACGGACGACACGCUGGACGUGACGUUAACGAGUUUGGCACCGAAUAAAACCAGCAUGAAGUUGCCCUUGAAUUCCACACUCAACACUGAACGAUUACUGGAUAUCAGUGCGUUACAAUCGCCGAGGCAUAUUCAACUAUUAAACCUAACCCAGGAGUUGGAGAGAGGAACUCCGAGUAGGGGUCAUCUUCAAUCGGGUCGAAGAUCCAUUCCCCAGCACUCGCUUCUAUGUUUAUCCCCACAGUCGGCUACCACAACGCCGCAUGGCAUGAGGAUGAUGGGGCAGGCUACUCCCCAGCCAGUUCAUCUUCUAUCGCCUCUAUUGAAACAGGCACAAAGUGCCCUGGUUUUGCCCACUCGAACGCCGGAUGGAGAUAUUGCCAUGGAUGGCAAUGGAGCUCUGGAUAAUACCCUGACCUCCACGUCAGGUAGAGCACGUACCCGCUAUAGUUUCGGCUUGGAUCUGCCGGACACAACACUGGAUUGCUCCAUUGAACUGGUAGACAAUUCGUUCUCAUCAUCCACCCAAUUGCAGCAAUUGCAACAGCAACUCUUGAAAAAGCAAAGCUCUUUUGAUCUGGAUGAGAGCUUGGGCAUUCUAACGCCCGAUCAGAUGAAGGAUUUCCUGGACUCUCCCCACAACAAUCUCAUGCACAAUCUGGAGUUGAUUAGGAUGCAUCAUCCGAAUCUGAUGCAGUUGAGAAUGGAGCAGACACCAUCGCCGGAGGAACUGCCUCUGGAUCCAAUUGAAAUUAAAUCCGAAAUUGUGAAACAGGUGGAGGCGUCCCAGAAUCAGGUGACCACCUCGCAGCACUCGAAACUGAGCAAUAGCUUCAUUACCAGCGUGACCAGUGUAACCAGUUUGGAUACGGGUUACCAGGGCGACGGUGAGAUGUCGCGACCCGCUUCCCGCGGAGCUUGUGAUCACUCCCCCAGCAAUGGACCCCAUUUGGGGCGGGUGAGUCGCCAGCCCAGCUUCCCGCCGCCCAAUCCGGCGCCUCUGAGGCGUCAGGAUCCCAUGACAGACUCCGAUUUCUUCACCGAAUCCGAUGCGGAUGAUGUCCUGCAUCGCGGCGACCGACGGGCCCAGGUGAUCGAUGGCCAGCUGUAUGGACCCGAUAUGAUGCAGCCGAGUGCAUCGGUUCCCCAGAUGGAAGACUCCUGCAUGGAGUCCUCGGGCAUUUUUACGGACGUGGAGAACCGAUGCGACGAGGAGAUGCGGCAGCCCGAGCUGGAGGUGGACGUGGAUGUGGACAUGUCGCCGGAUGACUCCACGCAGACCAUGCGAAAAGGUCAAGGUCAGCAGCCCACUCCCACCCAGCAGAAUCAGCUGGCGCCGCAGCAGCGCCCCCCCAGCAGCUGUCUCUCCUCCUCCUCAGCGGCCACGACGCUCUCUCUGUCGCUCUCCAACCGCACCUCGUACUGCAGCGUCGACGGCGGCAGCGCCCGAAGUUUCUGCGGCGACGAAGCUUUCGCUUCAGCGGCGGUACGAUCGCCGGUGGUGCUCUCAGUUCAGAAAACCACGUCGCCGCGUCCACACGCUUCACUGUCAUCGCUCUGUACGGUGGAGACUUUCCGCGGCUCCGUUUCCUCGAACUCGUCGAUCGCCUCGCCCAAAUCGUGCAAAUCGUCGGCCACCAAAACUGGCGGUAAAUCGCGCGUUUUAAAAUCACCAAAAUCCCCGAAAUCGCCGAGAUCGCCGCUUAAUCGUAAGGCGCACACGCCCAACAAAUGGGAUGCCGUGAUGAAUAAGAUUGCCAGCAAUAAGUCUCUGAUCAAGACAAACUAUAACGAUGUGAAGUCGAAGGUGUCCAGCACGCGGAUUAUGACACCGGCUUCCGGUUCGAGUCCUGGUUCCGGUUCCGGUUCGGGUUCCGUUUCCGCCGCAAGUCCGCGCGGCAGCCCAAGUGUGAGUGCUAGUGCCCGGCGUUCGCCCUCGGCCACGCCCAAAGUGCCACCCAAAUUGCUUUUGGCCAAAAGAUCGAGCAGUAGCAGCUGCUCCUCGUCCAAGGCCCAUGCCACGCCCUCGCCGCCCCCACAUGCGACCCCGCCAACGCGACAGCCACUGGAUAAAGGCUCAGUUGGUGCCGGGUCAGUGGGUGGUGGUGGUGGCCUUGGAAACCGUGCCGGAAAAGCGCCACCCAAGUCGCCCACUUCACCCUCCACGCCCACUUCGCCGCCCGCCAAGCGACUGCAAUCGACCCUCGUCAGUCGUCGUCGCUCGUACAGCAAGGACAGCCACAAGAGUUCGCACAGCGACUUGAGUUUGAUGUGUAAUGGCGGUGGCGCCAUUGUUGGCCCAACAUCUCGGUCAUCGACAUCUGUUUCUGGGAGCGGAUCACCAAAGCUGUUGGCAAAUACUCAGCUGCGAGCUGCCAAAAAGCGUGAUGUGCGCAAUCUGAGCAUAUCGCCAACCGAUCUGGGACCGCCACCAAAAACUCAGCAGACGACCAAGGGACAAUCCACGCGCACCAAGUCAUCAUCCACUCCCACGCCCACUUCCAUACAUAAACGUUUGAAUGGCACUUCGGGAAGCCCUGCUGGCACUACAACACCCCUCAAAGGAGUGGCCACAAAAUCCGCCACCACAACCAAGCAGCCACAAUCGGCGAAACUUAAAGCAAGCACGAUUAAUAAAAGCCCCUCUGUUGUCGGCGUUUCCGAGGAAUCUCUUCGUUCUGGCGUGGAUCAAACCGAGCUGCAGGAGCUGAGCAAUGGACAAUCCGCGAGCGGAUGUCCCACUCCGCCGAUGGCGCGUGACUCGAAACGCUCGUCCAUCGGCAGUGAGUUGCCCUGUGAGACGGAGGCCAAGUUGAAGAGGUGCGACGACCAGAGCGGCAUUAUCCCCCCGCAGACAACCAAUUCCGAUCCGAAAGGAUCCAAGGCAGCAACGCCCCUUCCGCUGAUCAAACCCGACCAGGAUGUCAGUGGUCAGAGCACAGCCGUUAAGUUUACCAGUGCAAAUGAGCCGGUCUUGCCCGAUGAACUUGGCACGUCGAUCAGCUCGAUGACGAUGCUAGCCACGCCCCGCGUGGACAUAGCCGCCCAGUAUCCCGCCUUGAAGCCGUUCACAAAUGGCGGAGUUUUGGACUACGCCAGCCUCUCCAAGUUCUUCCAGGACAACCAGUUCGAGCGCAUGGAGGAGCACCGCCAGAUCCUGGGACUCGCCGUGAUGGUGCAGUUCAUGUCCCAAGAGCUAGACGCGUUUGCCUGCAAGGAGACCAAAGAGCAAUGUGCCCGGACCAAGGGAACGCUGGAGGAGACGAUCGGACUGCUGCAGCAGACGCAAAGGGAUUGCGAGCAGCUGCGUGAGGAGUUGCACGCCAAGGACAUCGAGUGGGUGCAGCGCCAGCAGGAGCGGGAUCAUCUGCAUCGCACUGAACUGAAGCAAGCCGAGGAGAAAGUACUGGAGGUGCAAAUGCUUGCCAAGGAAAGGUUCUGCGAACUCGAAUCCCAACUGCGCGCCAAGGAUGAGGAGAACAAACUGGUGCAGGAGGCCUAUCACAUGGAGGUCUCCCACAAACUCACUUUAAAGCAGGAGCAUCUGAGCACUGCCGAACAGAAGAUACUGGAGCUGCAGAAGCGCCUGCAGAAACUGGAGUCCCAGGAGCAGGAGAACCGCGAGAAGCUGAUACGCAAGGAGAACACCCAUGCCGCUCGAAUGUCGGAGGCCAACCAGCGCGAACAGGAGCUGAACGAGCGGGUGAAGAGUCUCACCAAGGAGCUGACCACUUUGAAAGCCCACAAGGAGCACAACGAGCGCGAUCUCAGGGAUCGACUGGCGCUGUCCCAGGACGAGAUCUCCGUGCUGCGCACAUCCUCCCAGCGCCGCAGUCCCAGCACCAGUCUGCCGGACACGGCCAGUGCCGAACUCAGCCGGCUGACCAGCGAGGCCGACAGCCUGCGCUGCGUCCUGGAGAUCAAGCAGGCCGAGAUCUCCGCCCUCAGCAAGGCCAAGUCGGACCUCAUCCGCGAGAGCGAGGAGCGGCUCAAACUGGCCAAUCGGGUGGCCCUCCUGGAGGCCCAGAACGAGAUGCUGCGCACCGAGUUGGAGGCCAAGACCGAAAAAGAGAAGGACAUGCAACAGAAGAUGGAGGAACUGGAGAAGGCGUACAAGCACGAGAGCAUGAAGCGCACGCGGCUGACCUUCGACAAGGAGGAGCUGCAGUACCACCUCAAGCAGCGAUCCGUGCAGCUCCAGGCGGCGGAAGCCAAGUUGCACGAGCGAUCCUCUGGCUGCCACGAGACCAGCUCGUCAAGCUUGCACAGCCGCUGCAGCUUGGGUCGCAGUGGCCUGGAGAUCGCCGUGACCACAUCCUCGCCCACGUCGCCAGUGAUGAAGGGCAUGAUCGAGCGAAACGAUUCGGUCAGCUGGACGCUGGAGAUCGACGACGAGUCGUUCAAGGGCGGCAACUCUUCGAAGAUUGUGCGGCGAGCGGGUUCAUUGCGAAGCAACAUCGAGCGGUGUCCCAUCCAGCGGCGGCAGACAUCGGUCAGCAAUGGUCACUCCUCCAAUGGGCUGGCCACGAACGGAGGCUCAUCCCACUCGCAUCCCAAUCCCCUCAGCCAGAGCAUGUCGGCCACGGCCCUGCUGAGGACCAGCAGUAAUUCCGGGGAGCCAGAGGGUCGUCCCCUGUCCCGGGCUCGCUCCCAUUCGGUUUGCAUCAAGGCCUCGGCCUCCAGCUCGGCUGUUUGUGAAUCCCCCGGCCGGAGGCAGAGGCAGCACGACGAUUUGAAUCUGGCCGACUGGCACGAGGAUGCCACGCCCCUGUGCUCCAGCUCACCACAACCGCCGAUGGUCGCCGAGAUGCGUCCGCGCAGCUCCACCAUGAAGCUGAUGUCCAGCGAGGCCAAGAAGUUCCAGGAGAUCCAGGAGUCGGCCGGCGAGGCCAUGGUCUCCGGUGCCAACUCCGAGGACGAGAGCUGCUCGGCCUCCUCCGAGGACAUGAUGCGCAGCUCGUCCGCCUCCAGCACCGCCUCGGGCGGAUCGCUGUCCAAGAGACCCAAACAACCGCCUUCCCGCAUGUCCAUCGAGGAGGCGCUGCCCUGCACGCCCAUGGAGGUCAGCUGGUCGGAGGACGCCGCCGAUGCCAGCGGAUUGGCAUGACAUGCUGCCUACGAGGAGCAGGUCGACCAGAUCGAUCAGAUUGCCGAGGCAGCCGAAGAGGCUUACGAGAGCGAGGACAUUGAGGAGGACGAGGAGGAGGAUCAGGACGAGGAUCAGGACGAUCAGGACGAACUGAUCGUGGGCGAGGAGCAGCCGGAGCACAGCGACAGCGAUGAUAGCUUCUAAAGCGCUAAAAACCAAUUUGUAAAACAAAAUAAUAAGGGAAUAGCAGUCGGUAGUCGGCAGUGGGCAGUCAAUGGAACAUUCAAGUCAGUGUGGGAAGCAUAGCUUGGCGUUUUCACUUACAAAGACCCGUACAGAAAUGAUGAGAAUACGCAAAAAAAAAAAAUAUAUAUAUUGAUAAUUCGUACGUUCUUAACUGAAAAUGUUUGUGUAAAUAUUUGCAUUUAGCAGUAUGGUAGCUCAUAGAAGGCGCUCAUAAAAUAUAAUAAUCUAACAAUUAGUCGAGCACAGCAAGCGGAGCCGUCACAGCAACUUUUUUGAGGGGGGGGGGAUUAGAAACAACAAAAUAAACAGAAGAAAGUACAUUUUUUAAACGGGCACGGAUACGGAUACGGAUCGAAGCCACACACACACACACACACAAAGCUAAACCAAGUUUAGAGCGUAUAAAGCUACGUAUAUUUAAAACAGUUUCAAACUAAAUCAGAAAUCAGUAAUGGUUAGCAUUUAGCUGAAGCAGUAUGAAUAUUUGCAUUAAACAACCAACUUAUUACUAUACCACACACUAUAUGUAUUCGUAUGAUUAGCGAUAUUGAUAUUGAUAUUGUAUUCUAACCGCAGCCCGCAAUCGCUGAUAUCGUACAUGUUGCUCGAUCCAAUCCAGAUACUAGCCUCCCUUGAGCUCAAACAAACCACUCACUCGAUGUCCUUAAUUGAAAACUUAAUGCCCGCUAUUUGUGGUCCGGGGGGAGGUAUCCGUCCCCCUGCCACGUCUAUAUAAUAAUGUACCAAUUAGAGUGUUAGAGGUCUGCAGCUGCAUCGCCGACCUGAGCUAAGCUUUAAUUUUGUGUUUUAUAUAAAAAGUCUAGACUUACCCGUAUUUAUUAUUUAGUCUUUAAUGUCUUAUAAAAGCGUUAAGUAAAUGCAUGAAAUUAAAUUAAAUAAGUUUGUAUUGAAUAUGUAUGAGUUUAUGCAUUAGUUUCUAGCCUAACUACAUUAGUUUACGUUACGUUUUUACUUUGUUAAAAUUGAAUUGUGUCCGAAAUAUGCGAGUUUUAUAUGUGUAGGUUCUGGAUACGCUAAUUUUGUUUGUAACACGCAGCAUUGUCAUUAACUUUUAAGUAUGUUAUUUUUAUUAUGUGUAAGAGAGUAACUGUCGCGGCGCACCCAUCAAAUGAAUAUUGUGUGAGAGAGUUGCAAAAGAGAAAAUAAGUAAAAUGGUACAGUUAAAAAAUAAAUCAUAUUUUUUGCUAAAUAAUUUCAAAAACCCUUAAAUAAAUAAGUAAUUGUUUCAAAA